CUGGGUGGCGCCGUUUCCCCGUCCAACCUCCGGUUAGCACGGCGGCGGUGCGGUGGCAGAAGGCAGCGUCAGCUGGUGGAGAGGGCAGAUCAACUGGGAAAGACGGCAUCCGGCCUGAGAAGAAGCUCCGAGGUCGGGGACUCCGGUCGGAGCAGCGUUAAUCGCUUCUGGCCUCCCCUUCCUGAGAGCUCCAUGGAGAAGAUGAAGCGCUUCAAGCGGCGCCUGUCCCAGACGCUGCGAGGCAGCCACACCAUCGACGAGUCCCUGUCGGAGCUGGCCGAGCAGAUGACUUUAGAGGAGAACGGCCUCAAGGAUUGCGAGCCCAUAGUGAGGAACGGCCGGCCUCCGUCAGCCCACAGCGUCCACUCUUUUCUUCACCAGUACUCGGGCUCCUUCAAAAAGGCACCAAUUCGCCGGCCUCAGAGCGUCAUCGGAGGCGGACUCAGCUCUCUCAUGGCCAUGCCUCGCAACAGCAGUCGCCUCGAUAUCGUCCAUGAGAACAUGAAAAUGGGGUCCGACGGGGAGAGUGACCAGGCAUCGGGGACGUCCUCUGAUGAGGUGCAGUCGCCCACGGGUGUUUGUCUGAGGAACAGAGGGAACCGACGCAUCUCCGCCGAGGACUUGAACAAACGCUUGUCCCUCCCGGCCGACAUUCGAAUACCCGACGGGUACCUGGAGAAGCUGCAGCUGAGCAGCCCCCCCUUCGACCAGCCGCUGAGCAGGCGCUCCCGCAGAGCAUCGCUGUCAGAAAUUGGAUUUGGGAAGCUGGAGACGUACAUCAAACUGGACAAACUGGGGGAGGGCACGUACGCAACGGUUUAUAAGGGGAGGAGCAAGCUGACGGACAAUCUUGUGGCGCUGAAGGAGAUCAGACUUGAACAUGAGGAGGGGGCACCAUGCACAGCUAUCCGAGAAGUGUCUCUGCUGAAGGACCUAAAACACGCCAACAUCGUGACGCUGCAUGACAUCGUCCACACAGACAAGUCGCUCACACUGGUUUUUGAAUACCUGGACAAAGACCUUAAGCAGUACAUGGAUGACUGUGGGAACAUCCUGAGCAUGCAGAAUGUCAAGAUUUUUUUGUUCCAGAUCCUGCGAGGCUUGGCCUACUGUCACCGGCGGAAAGUUCUCCACAGGGACCUGAAGCCCCAAAACCUGCUCAUUAAUGACAGAGGGGAGCUCAAGCUGGCUGACUUUGGCCUGGCAAGAGCAAAGUCGGUGCCCACAAAAACCUACUCGAACGAGGUGGUAACGCUUUGGUAUCGGCCUCCCGACGUGCUCCUGGGCUCGUCCGAGUACUCCACACAGAUAGACAUGUGGGGUGUGGGCUGCAUAUUCUACGAGAUGGCUGCCGGCAGGCCCCUGUUCCCUGGCUCCACUGUGGAGGAUGAGCUUCACCUCAUUUUCAGGCUGUUGGGCACCCCUACAGAAGACAACUGGCCUGGAAUUUCAUCUAUCGACGAGUUCAAGUCCUUUAAGUUUCCAAAGUACAAGGCACAGCCCCUGAUCAAUCACGCUCCAAGGCUGGACAACGAUGGAAUUGACCUGCUGAUGUCAUUCCUAAAAUAUGAAUCAAAAAAGAGGAUCUCUGCGGAUGAAGCAAUGAGGCAGUCGUACUUCAGGAGCCUGGGGCCGCGUGUGCACACGCUGCCAGAGAGCAUAUCCAUAUUCACCCUGAAGGAGGUCCAGCUGCAGAAAGAUCCUGGUUACCGGAACUCCUCAUACCCUGAAUCAGGCAACGGAAAGAACAGAAGACAAAGCAUGCUGUUUUAGAAUUUCUGGACUGGACCUGUUGUUGUUUUGCUUUUGCUUUGGUGGGAAACAUCUCCCAGCUGUACAGUCCUGCAGAGAGGUCCCGACCCAAGGACAGGUGUUGGCGGUUGAAUAUAGCGAUCAUCACUCCUCCCCCCCCCCCAACUUGUGGGCUAACUUGUCAGUAUAACCCUGAUCCCUCCCAGGUUUGGACUGAACCAGGCUCAGAUGAGACAUUUGUAUACUGGACAUGGAUAUUUAUUGAGAAGAGAAUUUGCUGCUAAAUUCAACUACUGUCUAGAAUUCUAACUGGCUCAGUCACUUUAAUGAAUACAUGCAAUGUGUGUAGAUUUUUAACUUUUUUUUUUGUUGUUUUCUUUUUUUUGAAGUGAUUGUAUAUUUUUAGUGUUUUUUUUUUUUUUUCUCCUCUCUUUUUUUGGGGGCGUUAAUGUUACAGUGGUUACACGUAAAGCUCCAUCUCAAAGCUCACGGAUAGAGGGACGUCUUUUUUGCAGCUCAAAGAGGGGGUGGGUGUUCUGUCUCUGUUGCCAUGGAUCUUCCACUCGGCAGCACAACGCGCUCGUGACCAUUCACAUUUACAUUUGAAGGCUGUUUGGAGCCAGCUCUGUUCCAAUAAGCGAUCACCUUUAUCACGAUUAGAGGCUGGAAGAGAGGCAGUGCCGGACGGCGCUGUGCCAGACGCCAUUCGUCUCAGAUGCUGGCAUAUCAUUCCAGGAUCAUGUGGUCUCGGCCGUGACCAAUGAAGAAACGCAGAGAGAAAAGCCAACAGAGAGGGGCAUCACAGAGAGAAAUUAGGAACUGUUGAGCACACUGAACCACGUCCCCACUGUCGUUCUCUCCACAGUUCCACUAUGUUACAAAGAGGCGGCGCAAACGGAGUUCCCCUCACGGCGUUCUCCUGUCCGUCAUUCCCACGUCCAUCACAUGUAAAAGCGGCUCCGUUUCCUCUGGACUGCCUCCAUGGUUGCGCUGCCCUCCUGCUCUGUUGUGUGAUGAAGCACACAGCCGCUGAACUCCAAAUCCAGGAAGCACUAGCUCGAGUCCCGCCCCACGUGAGCCAGUCCCAGUCUGUUUAACAGUGUUAUAAGAGGCGUUUUGUAUGAUGUUCUUUAACUUUAUUUGUGAAUACUCGUUCCCUGUGUGGGAUUUUGUUGCAGACGCCCCUCCUCUAUAUGAUUUUUUUUUUCAGAGUAAAGAAAAUUAAAUCUAAAGUUUUAACAGAAACCACAUGGACUGUUAUUUUUCAGUGGAAAAAAAAGAGGAAAUGC